UGAAGAUCAUCUUAGAAGAUUGUUAUAUUUUCGGGGAACUUUUGAAUUAAUUGAUAUUGUAAGAGAUCAUUCAAUGUACUCAUUUUUUGACAUUACAUUACAUAAAACAUAUUACAGCAAUUAUCACAUUAUUCACCAGAUUUUGGGUAACUGUGCCAUCAAAGGGUUUCCUGGUGUGGUUGUAUUCCGUACAUUUGCUUUAUUCGGAGACAAAUCAGUACCAAGGCCGACAGAUAUUUUUUGGAAUAACUACCAAUAACUGCCAUAACUACCACAACUAGCUCAUUUCUAUCUUUCGCUCUUGUACUUCAACUACCAAACGACUUCAUCUCUAAACCUCGACGAAUAGUAUUUGAGCAUCGGCAAAGAUCUGCCCACCAGACAUUCUAUCAAUAUCGUAUUUGCGACACAAAAUAAUCUACCUAUUUCGCCACAGAAAUCUGCAUCAAGGGCUCGCCAGCUCGAAGGCGGGCCUUGAUUCACCACCCCUCACCAUGUUUCGAUUUCUUAGACCGCGGGCGGCGAGUGUCUGGGCAGCGAGUGUACGCACGAGACCAGCACCUCCUAUAUUCCCUACAACCCCAUUGUCUAUGCGCUUGAAUGCGCAGAGAUAUGCGGGAACGGUAUCAAAUACGCAGAAUGUUCGUUUCAGGAAAGCACCUAUUAAAGCAAGGUACGUCUCUACUAUAUCUGAUGGAAGCAUAUGUGCUGAUAUUACAUAGAAACAUUGCUAUCAAUGUUAUCAUUGUAGUUGUGUGCUUCGAGGCCUAUACUCGACUAGUCCUUGAUCCUUUCGACAAAGCUGCUGAAGAGGCAUCAAAAGAUAUACCAGAUGACGAAUUUCAAGAGGCGGAACAACCAUUGUUUAUACCAUUUCCCGGCACCACGAAAGAGCUUCCUAUUAUUCCUUAUAAAGGAACCGAUCCAGAAUAUCAAGAAUUCGUUAAGCUUAGCAAAGACCCAAAGCUUUUAAACAAAAUCAGAGGUUCGUUUACUGCGCAACACAUGAACCUUUCGUGAUAUUCAUUAACAUUCUUCAGUUGACUUGGCAGAGUUCUUGCGAGAUUCUGUUCCUAAUACUCCGGUUAUCGUGCAACUCGCUGGGAAGCAUUUUAAAACCAGAAGAUUUUGGCUUGAUAUUGAUUUCCCUCAACUUCCACCACCGUCAUUUGAGAGAUCAGGGUAGGUUAAUUGCCAUAUGAACCACAAGGAGUAAGACUAAUAUAUCUCAGAAUCGAGAUAUCCGAUGAUGCAAUUUCCUGGGUCACUCAGCCUGUCGAUGCCACAAUUGUGUACAAAAUACGGAAUGUUCUAUGGCCAACAGCCCUUUUCCAAUCUUCAUGGAUGUUCCUAAAGGUAUUGGCCGCCGAAGAAUUCAGAAGUAUGGCAAGAGUAUUUGGCGUAGAAUUUGAGACAAGUCCUGCUGAACAAACUUUGAAUCAAAUGCUUGCUCGGUCACAAAAAAUGAUAAAGGAAUUGAAUGGCCAACAGAAAGUACCCGGGGAUAUUCAACGACCAUUUACUGCUAAGGAUGGGCCACCACAACAGCCUUUGGGUGACAAAAGUAAAGAAGUGGCAGCUGCAUCAGGAAAGUCAAAUGUGAGAGAAGAUAUUCUGCCCGCAUUCGUAAACAGUUUCAAGGAUAUUCAUACAUCAUUUGUCGCAAAACCCAUCAUGGCAGCUAAAAUAAAAUACGUCCAGAUUAGCAAAACGUUGCGACCUACUACAAAUAUUCAUCCGAGAGGCUCCAUCACAGUCUCCGGACUCGUCGAGUUGGAAUCCGACCAGGCUUUCCUCGUUUUUGAUGUCAUCGCAGCUUGGGAUCCUAAGAAAAAAGAUUAUGAUGUGAAGAGUAUGCAAAUUAAACUGAGAAGAAUGCAAAGGAAGAGACAACGUCCUGUUACCGGAUUACCUCGAGGCUCAAUGGCAUGAUAAUACUAUACUUAGUGGAUGCUGUGUUUUGUUUUUUUGGGGCGUACAAGGUGAAUAUCAAAAUAUACAAGGGUUAUUAUGAUAAGGCGUUUGGUAUGCAGAAAGCAUAGAGUCCUAUUCUCUACUAAUGGAGUUGGAUUUUCAUAAGCGAUUUACCCCGGUCUAGUUCUAGGAGAGGGAACGGAAGCGAUGGUUCGGGAGUGGGCUGAUGAUAUUGGAGACGCUAAUCCAUCUAUUUGCUUUCUAGGCAUAUAGCGAGUUAUAGUAGAAUUCAUAUUGC